AUGAAGCCCAUUGCCAUUUUGUUCUUGAUGACGUCAUGUCUCAACUCGAUAGUCGUAGCCGAGAAGCAAAGCGCUCAUGCGGCAAGCUCCACUUUUGACGCGUCCCCUGCACAGAUCUCCCAGCAGCAGCGGCAGCAAAGCCAUCAGCAGCUGCAGCAACAGUUAAGCUCGCGCCUGCAACCCACAGAUGAGCACAUUGCUAGUAGUACCACGUUAAACAAUGAUUCGCAUAAUCAGUUAAUAGAAACAAACAUACCCAUUAACACCUGGUACGACUCGAGUACCUUGUCUGAUAAUCACAACAGUGAGGCUUCAGCUAACAGUGAAAGCUCUCGUGUUAAUAAAGGUCACAGUUUUCAGGAAGACGCCAAUUUAUACAAUUUGAAAAGCUAUAUUGCCGACUUGCUUCGUAUUCCGAUAAAAUCCAGCUGGAUAUUACUUCCGCCUGAAAAUAGCCAGCACUUAUUUAAAAACAAUUAUUUUUCAGGAUUGAUGCCCCAUAGACUUAGCAACAGUUCAAAUCAGCAACACGAGGAGCACCAUCUUGACAAACGAGACGUUGCUGAUCAGCUGGCAACAGAAGAACUGCCGGAUUACGAAACAGAGGAGGAAAACUACCCAAUUUUGCUGAACAGGAGGUUUCAGGUUUUUAGAUCAAACGAUCCAUACAGUCCGUCUCCGUAUCUAUCGGCUCAGGAGUUUAAGGAGACAUUUAGAAGGUCAGAUCCUUACGUUGUAGGAAAGCGUACCAGAGAUCUCUUGAGUGGAUUAAUUGUUCCAUUCUCAACAGACAAGAGAGCAGCACCUAAAUUUGUAGGGAGACGAGAUUCUCCUUAUUUUGUUGGAAAGAGGGAAACUUUUGACAUUCCUGACGAUUAUUUGGAGGACCUAGCAUUGGACGAGAACGAAAGUCCACUUUCAGAAGACAAAAGAGCAGCUCCUAGGUUUAUUGGAAGGCGCGGGGCACCGUAUUUUGUUGGAAAACGAAGGGCUCCUAAGUUCAUUGGAAAGCGCAACCCCACAUUGUCACUGCAAAAUGAUGAUUUAGCAUCAUGGGAAGAUAAAAGGGGUGCUCCUAUGUUUGUAGGUAAACGAAGGGCUCCUUUCUUUGUUGGCAAGAGAGAAUAUCCGUACAAUCUACCGGGCAGCUGGAGUGACCUUCCUUCAGAUCGUGAACUUGAAUGGUUGUUGGAGAAAAAGGCUGCUCCCAAAUUCGUGGGCAGACGAGGAGCUCCGUACUUUGUGGGCAAACGUGGACCUCCUAUGUUUAUAGGAAAACGUGUUACUGGUUUAGAGCCAGGCAGCGACUCUUUCUUUGAAUAUGGGCAAGGAGAAGUAGCAAACCUUUUAGGCAGAAGAGGGUCUCCUUACUUCGUUGGCAAGCGUAGAGCGCCAAAAUUUGUUGGGAAACGUUGGGCUGAGCCUAACCUACAAGAGCACGCAUCUACAAAGAAUAAAAGACGGGCUCCAAAGUUUGUAGGCAGACGGGCUUCGCCAUAUUUUGUUGGCAAACGUGGACCAGCACAGCUCGAAAAAGAUGGCCUUACAGAAGACAGAGUAGAGGAAGAAACACAAACAGUUUCAGAACUUAAGAGAGCUGCUCCGAGAUUCGUAGGAAAACGGCGUGCUCCUUAUUUUGUUGGGAAAAGAGGACCACCUAAGUUUGUUGGGAAACGAGUAAUAAAUUCUCAUUCGUCGAACCCAAGCAUGCUUGAAUUAGAAGAAGAACAAAGACCCGUAAAAUUCAUAGAAAGACGUGCUUCUCCGUUCUUUGUCGGCAAAAAAGCGGCUCCGAAAUUUGUUGGGAAACGGCUUUUAGAUUCGGCAAAUAAUCAUAAAGACGAACAAAACCUUGAAUUUUUAAAUGGCAACCUCGGCAUAGAAACCGGUAGCAACAAAGUGUCUGGUAAUGUGGGAGAGCAGAUAUCUAGCGACGGUGAACUUGUAGCAAGUAAUGGGCUCGGUGUUUCGUUACCCCAGAGACUAAAUGAUGUUGACCGUCUGCACGCUAUUGGGAAUCUUAAAGCACGCAUUCAAGCAAACACAAUCCAGGAAUUAAAGCAUUUAACAGAAAGCCAUUAUUAG